CAUUGCAUUACAGUGAAGAACGUAAACAAAAAAAUAAAUAGAUACAAUCUCACGAGUGUUCUCUUCUUCGUGCCCGUUUAUCUAUGUAACAACUCUGUCCCGUUUUUCACUCUCAAUUUGAAAUAUCUCCAUUAGAAACAAACGACGAAAUAAAAGGAUAGAGGUUUCAAUUUUCGAAUAGGAACAACUAACAAGGAGGCUUCUUAAAGGGAGAGAGAUAGGGUUUUCAGUAUUCAAAAAAUGAAGACAACGAAAGGCGGCAAGGUGAUGAACCCUACCGAUGCUUAUCGAAAGGAGCUUCGCAAGAAAGAAUUGAAAAGGAAUAAGAAAGAAAGAAAGAAGGUGAGGGAGGUCGGGAUUUUGAAGAAAGAUCCUGAACAAAUCAAAAAGCAGAUUGAUAACUUGGAAUUGAUGAAGGCUGAUGGCGCCUUGGAUAAAGCAAGAAAGCACAAGAAGAGACAACUACAAGAUACACUUAAUCUUGUCAUGAAGAAGAGGAAGGAAUAUGAAGAGAAAAUGCGAGAGAAGGGUGAAGCCCCUAUUAUGUUCAGUCAUUUGGGGCCUCCUCGAAGGAGAACAAGUGCAGAAGAGGAAGAGAGAGUUAACAACCCAACGCCAGAGGACUCUGUUUAUUACCAUCCUACCUUAAAUCCUACUGGGGCUCCACCGCCAGGGAAACCUCCCAUGUUUAAAUCAUCUAUAGGACCUAGAAUUCCUUUGUCUGGUGCUUCGUCAAGUACUGCAGCAGAGUCUGAGGAUGGAGUAUUAGCUGUACCUCCACCUCCGCCACCGCCACCACUGCCUGGUGCUAGUUCAUCUGAUGGUGCUGUUUUACCUGCAUCUUUGCCAUUGCCUCCCCCACCUCCCAUGCCUCCAAAGCCUGCUGCUGCAGUGCCUACAUCAUUACCACCACCUCCAUUGCCGCCUCCACCUCCUGGUCCUCCACCUAAAGAGCAAGCUGUAAAUCGGUCUAUACCUCCUCCUCCUCCACCUCUUCAACAGUCUCAGCCACUUCCACCUGGCACAAGUGAAGGUGAAGAAAGAAAUCAAUCAGCAUUGACAGAUAAUCUAUCUUCCAAGGACCCUGGUCAGGUGCAGCUUCCUCCGCCUCCUCCUCCACCAAGUCGAAUGCCACCAAAUUCUGGUGCUAUUCAGUCUGAUGGUGCUGUGGUUUCUACUGACAAUAAGAAUUCUCUGUCAAACCAGGACAUACAAAAAAUGCUUCCUGGGCCUCCUCCUCCAAGGCAACAACCUACUGCUCCAGGACCUACAUUAAUCCCAAGUUUACAGCCUGAUGUGUUGCCCCCUGGAAUAUCUCGGUUCCCACCACCCCCACCACCACCUGAUAUGAGGCCUCCUCUACCUGUGGCUGGUCUUCCUGGUCAGGCACCACCACCUGGAAUGAUGGUCCCCCUAAUCCCAAGGCCACCAUAUGGUCCUCCACCUGGGCCUCCUCCAAUGAUGAGACCGCCACUUCCACCUGGCCCUCCUCCAAACUUUCAGGAAGAGGAUCAUAUGGCAAGUAGACCGCUUCCUCAGAAACCGUCAUAUGUUAAGUCUGCUGCUUCUACUGUUGUUAAAAGGCCAUUAGCUCAGCACACUCCAGAACUCACAUCUAUGGUUCCUGCAUCAGUGCGGGUGAGAAGGGAGACUUCAAUGACUAAAACAAAACCGAAACCGGCAGUGUCAACUUCUACGAUAGUCUCUAGGACACCAGCGCCAACUAUUGUAAAACCGGAGCCAGUGAGCUCAUCAUCUGCUCCAAAAGCACAGAGCAUUGAUGAUUCAUACACAGCUUUCUUAGAGGACAUGAAAGCCCUUGGUGCCCUUGAUGGUUGAGAUCAUUGUGAGGGGUCGAGUCACAAAAUGGCGAGGAUGUGCACAGUAGUUUUUAUUCAAUGAACCAUUCAAAGAACACAUUCUUUUUUGUUUUUUAAAUUUUCUUGAUGAUCAAGACCUUGAAAAGUCUUAUGAUUCUAAUUAAUAUAUUCUCUCUUUAGUUUAAAUUGGUGCACUGUUAUUCUCUUAGUUUUAUAAUAAUUGACAUUUUAUUCAAAAAACUUAUCUUUUA